UCCAUCUCCUCACAAUAUCCAAACUGAAACUCCUUUUUCCAGCUUUGUCAAUAAUUAAGCAGCCCUUCACCAAGAAGAGAUUCCCCAUUUUUAUUGAUAUCUGAUUCUUUCCUGGUUAUUUACUUUAUUGUUUCCUAUCAUCAGCCGCAAUGGGUAGGUCUCCUUGCUGCGCAGAGGAUGCCAACCUGAAAAAGGGGCCGUGGACUCCGGAGGAGGACCAGAAGCUGGUUGAUUGCAUUAACAAACAUGGACAUGGAAGUUGGAGGGCUCUUCCAAAGCUUGCAGGCUUAAACAGAUGUGGCAAAAGUUGCAGAUUAAGGUGGACUAAUUAUCUAAGGCCCGAUAUCAAAAGAGGAAAGUUCACUGAGGAAGAAGAGAGAGUUAUUAUUAACCUUCAUGCUGUUCUUGGAAACAAGUGGUCUAGGAUUGCUGCUCAUCUUCCAGGAAGAACAGAUAAUGAAAUAAAAAACUACUGGAAUACACAGAUUAGGAAGAAGCUCCUGAACAUGGGAAUCGAUCCUCAAACCCACAAGCCAAGAACUGAUCUUAAUCAUCUCUUAAAUCUUUCCCAGUUGCUUUGUGCCUCACAGUUAGGCAACCUCAUGAACCCUUGGGACACAGCUUUUAAACUACAGGUUGAUGCUGCUCAACUAGCCAAAACCCAACUAUUGCAAAACCUACUGAAAAUUAUCAACACAAACAAACCUGCAACUGUUGACACAGCCGGUUUCCUUGGAUCCCAAAACCCUUACCCUAUUGAAGGAUUACUCGGUGGAACAAGCACCCUCUCUGAUAAAGAACUAGCCCCAACACCUGAGAACAUUACAAACAACGCUGGUGCAACCUCUCAAACAUCAACUGACUUCCAGGCUCUAGAGGACCCAUGUGCAUAUUUUGGAAACGGAUUCAACUACGAAAGCAACCUUGGCAUGAAUAAUCAGAGUUUGAGCAAUUCCUUUGAGCAAACAGAAAAUCCACUGCCCGAGUUGGUUUCAGCAUCUCUUGGUCAGACUUCAUCGAUAAACCAGACGGACAACAAGACCGAGACAGCACCAGAUUCCACCAUCUAUGAGGCUUGGGAUAAGCUAAUCAUGGAAGACGAAGCCGAUGGCUCCUACUGGAAAGAAAUUCUAGACUUAACUUCAUCAUCCUCAUCACCUAUCUCAUGGUAGAGCAGCUUUCGGCAGGAUACAUAUAUGAUCAAGCAGAGAAACAUUAUUUGAUUCAUUUAGGAAGCUGAAUAAUUGAGCUACCUAUGUGUAAGAAUUUGUACACCCACACCCACAUGCGUUUGAGAAUUUUUUUGUUUUUUGGUUAGUCAAAAUACAAUAAUAAGUUAUGUAAUUUGUUUGAAUCCUACCAAGGAUGGUGAAUCUAAAUCGCUGGUUUUGCUUUUAA